UUUGAAGUAUAAAACAAACACGGAAGUCAAAACAAAUCAAAUUCGAGCGACAGCAAUCAAUGAAAGCACAGACAAAAUACAAAGCACAAUUACUAUUCACUACGAGCUCGCCCAGAUCAACAGACAGAGGUCAACAUUUGCCGCUGACAACAGUAGUACAUUGACGGUGUCACAGACAGUCUACAAUCCAACCGCCAUGGUGCAAGUAACACAAACCGAAGAAGAUAUCAAAAUAAUUAUCGAAUUGAAUCGGCUCAUCACGCGUAAACCGGAUGUGGUGCUACUGUCACAAUAUAUCAAAUUCAAUAAUCCACCAAUAUUCUUCGAACGCCAUCUGAUGCACGAGAUCGACGAGUUAUCCAGUUUUUGUCGCAUUUUCAAGAAUGAAGCGCGUAUCGUGCUCGUCAAGAAGCAGAAAGGCAUCUGGCCAGAAGUGUUUCAAAAGCUUUCCAAAGACGAAUUGAAGCAAAAGCGUUUAGAGAUUUCCGAUUUAAUUGUGGAGCGUAAUAAAGAGCGUGAUAAGCUAGUUGUAGAGCGAUUUGAGCAAAAGCGGCGUACGGAAAUCGACAAAGAAAUAAAACGCGAAACGGCAAUGAGAGAGCGAGUCAAGCAGUUUCAGGAGAAUGCGCGUCGUGAAGCGUUGAUGGUGGGUGUGCGAAAGGAGACAUACACCAAAUCACCGGCAACACCUCAAAUGUCAACACCGUCGGCAACAAUCAACGACACCAAUGUAACGGGCCAGCGUAUCGGUACGCCAGCGGUGCGGCCCUGGGCGAGCAUGCGGAAUGGUGGCAAAAUAAACGUAAGCUUUUCGAAAUUUUCAUGGAGUACACCGAAGAGAGAGUCACAAGAGGGAUUACCACGACCAUUUGCCAUGCACGAUAUGCCCGAUAACAGCGGGCCGCAGGAGAGUCAAGAGCAGUGCAAUGUGAAUGACUUGAAUGCAACAGAUUGAACGACGGGGAAAUGCAUUUUAUUAUUGUGUAGAUUUGCAAACGUGAAAUUUAAAUAUAUAUAUAUAUAUAUGAGAAGAGAAGGAAACAUUUAAUGGACUGCCGGCAUGUGAUUUUGAAAUAAAUGAAUAAAGAAUUCAAGUGACUUUGUUUUAAAGAAA